AACAACGUUUAUUUAUUUUUGGGAGAGAGAGAGACAGAGCGUGAACGGGGGAGGGGCAGAGAGAGAGGGAGACACAGAAUCGGAAACAGGCUACGGGCUCUGAGCCAUCAGCCCAGAGCCCGACGCGGGGCUUAAACUCUCGGACCGCGAGAUCGCGACCUGACUGAAGUCGGACGCUUAACCGACUGCGCCACCCGGGCGCCCCAAGGGACUUCUUAAUUAAGAACGCCGGUUCCCUCCAGCUCGGAGCUGGUAGAGGACUCCCAUCCGCCCUGCUGUGCUCUUCACGCCGCCCCGCCGCUGCCGACCAUGGCUCGGCCUGGGGGCACCACCCUCCGUCUUUGUCUCCUGCUCCGGUUUCUGCCAACAGACAGUGUUUCAGCGCCUCGCGGCUGUGAGUUCAGAGAUGCUCUUUCUCCUGCCUUUGAAUUCCCCAUCAUACCAAAGACCAAUCCUGGACAACCAUGGUGUGAGAUUCGAGGCAAGGUCAAUGGAAAGACGUUUCUGUAUUAUGCCUGUGGGAACAAGAAGGUCGAAGUCUUUGGUCCUCUGGGGAGGAAUGUGAAUGACAUAAUGUUUUGGGAGGCACAGACAGAAACUCUGAAAGACCUGGCAGAAGAGCUCAAGAAGAAACUACUUGACUGGAAAGCAACGGAUUUUACACACAGUGAUUCUCUCUCCCUGCAGGGCAGGAUGGUGUGUGUGCGUGGCGACCACGGACGCACCAGAGGAUCCUGGGAGUUUGACAUCAAUGAACAGAUAUCCUACUUCUUUAACUCAGAGAGUGGAAAUUGGACAGUUCGUCCUAGAGGCCAACAGAUAGAGGCCUCGUGGGAGAGUGACAGAGAUUUGACCAAUUCCCUCAUGAAGAUCUCAGUUGGACAUUGUAACAAGUGGCUUGAGCGAAUAUUGGUGCACUGGGGUGAACUGUGGGAGACAACAGCCCUGCCAGGCAUGCAGCAAGUCACGGCCCAGUCCGGGGCCACGGCCCUCAGACCCAUCACCUGGAUCCUCCCUGUGAUUCUCAGCUGCUUAAUCAUAAUUGGCAUCCAAGGUAGAGUCUUCUAGAGUGACAGGUACUGAGAGCAGAGGGAGCGGGAAGGGAGGCGCAGAUGGCCUGGUGUGAGGACAGGGACGGGUGACUCCCCCGCCCGACCCUGCCCACUCACUGAACCUUGUCAUCACAGAAGUGAGACGAGGUGAUGAGUUCCCCCGUCAGUUGUUAGCAAGAGCGUGGACAAGCUCAGCCCUGAGUUGUCAUAAGGCCUCACUGUUAAGGCCGCUGGGAAAGGGGAGGGGCCCCCCAGUGCAUAAGGCCUGCUGACGCUAAGGAGAUCUAGCAAGGUCAGGCCUGACUCAGACCUGAUUCUAGAUCGAAGAGAGUCAAUUUGGCCCAGUGCGGGUGGUGCGCGGGGAGAGGGACACACAGCUCGGGCAGUCCUCACAUUGGAGCACGAGAGGCGUGGUGGCUCCACGUGGUGUCUCAGGGGAGGCGACUCCAUCCAGGGGCCCACGAGGAGAGGCACCAGUGUCUGUUCCGGGGGAGGGAGUGGGAAGGCCGGGCAGAGGCAACUCGAAAGCCUGGAGUUGCAUGCUGUGUUCCCCCAGACAGUGGCUUGGGUCUUAGCAUGUGAGGCAGAAAGCGAACAGUGGACACUGUGCGUGGCAAGAUGUAGAAGCGUGGGAAAUCCGGCUCAGGCUGCUGCGGGCACUGGCAGUUUGCUUCCUGCAGACCUCAGAUCCGGAGCCACUGAGCACCCCUGCUUGGAGCAGAGCUGACCCGGGAGACGGGGGGACAGAGCUGGCCCGGGAGACGGGGGAGCAGAGC